UCUCUUUCUGGCCUCUGGCGAUCGGUUCCCAUUUGUUUACCCUAGUCACAGAGAUCAUGAGAAUCCGUAGCAAUCCGCUGCCCCGCCGGCUGGUGGAUGUCUUGUGCUUCCUGAUCAUCGGAGUCUUUCUGCCCGUGGUGUUCCUCUUCGAGAUUGUGGUGGUGCUGCCCGCCUUCCAUGAGCCCGGCGGCUUCUUUCACACCUUUACCUUCCUGAUGGCCAUGUUUCUGGUGUUUAAUAUCAAGGGAAAUAUGAUUGCCUGCAUGAUGAUCGAUACCAGUGUGGAUGUGAAAAAAGUGGAACCACCAACGGAUCAGGUGGACUGGAGGCAGUGCAGCGAAUGCAAGACCCUAGCUCCGCCCAGAUCAUGGCACUGCAAGAUCUGCAAGGUCUGCGUACUGAAGCGGGAUCACCACUGCCUCUACACCGGUUGCUGCAUUGGACUCCGAAACCAUCGCUUCUUCAUGGGCUUCAUCUUCUACCUAUUUGUGGGAUCUGUUUACGCCCUGGUCUACAACUCCAUAUACAUGUGGAUCAUCCAGGGGCACGUCUUUUGCAACUGGCUAACGGUGCUGAAGCUCACCUGCCCCAUGCUGCUCCUGGUAACGGGCAGUUUCUGGGGCAACAUGUACCUGCUGUUCUACAGCCUAAAUGUUUUAGCCUUGGCCUACGGGGUCCUUCUCCUGGGUUACCAUGUGCCCAUCGUUUUGAGAGGCGGGGUUUCCGCCGAUCGCACAAAGGAGAGUAAGCUUAAGUACGACAGAGGAGUCUACCAGAAUCUGAGGAGUGUUUUUGGAGAUCGCAUGCACAUAGCCUGGCUAUCGCCACUCAUUCGCAGCGAUCUGCCGGAUGACGGAUACCACUGGAGUGCCACUAAGAACAGAAAAGACUAA